UGCGCGGGCAUUUUUUAGACUCGUGCCUGGGAUAGUGUUAGGCAAAAUCGAUCUGAUCGAUUCAAUGUCUGUUACGGUUUACGGCAGCCGUGAUGAGUUAGCACAAGUCUGCAGAGUCUGCUGAAAUACCCUGAAUAGAGACAUUUAAGACUCAGGGGUUGACAUGGAAGACUCCAUUGAGAUAAUCCUUCAGGACCGUAGCUCUAAGUUUUUCCAUCGUGUCCAAGACAAGAGGGCCUUUACCUGGGUGACAGGAGCUGUCUUCUGUGGUUUCUAUGGACUCUGGGCCAUGUUCUGUAUGCCUGGCUUUUUCAAGGUCCCCUUCAGGCUAAAGGUGCCGUUCUUGCCUUCGCCAAAGGAACAAGUCUCAAAUGUCAUGAACCUCCUCGAGGGACGUAAAGGCCUUCUGGCUGAUCUGGGAUCAGGCGAUGGGAGACUGGUGUUUGCAGCUUCCUUGGCAGGAUUCAAGUGUACUGGAUUUGAGAUAAACUCAAUGCUAUUGGCUUACUCACGCGGCAGAGCCUGGUGGAGGGGAAUACCACACGCUGAUGUCAGAUUUGUCAACCAGGAUUUCUGGAAGACGGAUUUGUCGAGAUACAGAAAUGUGACUGUGUUUUUGGCCCCUGCUGUGAUGGAGGUGCUGGAGGAGAAACUCCAGAAGGAGCUUCCUGAGGAUGCCAGAGUGGUUGUGUGCCGUUUCCCUUUCCCCCGCUGGCCUCCCACCAGCACGAGGGGCGCGGGUUUGGAGCAAGUCUGGGCCUAUGACAUGCGCACUGUCCGUGAGUCAACCAGCACUUCACGAAUCGGCACAUGCCACAUGUCUAAACUAGCCUGACCUUUCUCUGCAGUCUUCUAUUACCACACACCCUGUCGAAAAGUCGUACCUGUUAUAGCACUUCCUUUCCUCUGUGGUAUAUUUGAAA